AUGUCAAAACAGCCCUUACUACCUUCAUCCCGCCAAAUUACAUCUGUUUUGCUCUUAUUCGUAUUCUCCUUUGCCUGCAUUUUUUUCCGGCCAGUAUUCUGCUCCUCUUUGUCUGUUGAAGUCCGUGCGCUACUUGAUUUCAAGAAACAGUUAAAAGACCCUUUGAAUUACUUGGAUUCAUGGAAGAUCACGGAAUCUCCGUGUCAAUUUUACGGGGUUUCGUGUGACAAUCAAACGGGUCGGGUGGUGGAGAUUUCGUUGAACUACAAAUCUCUCUCUGGAAAAAUUUCACCGGCGCUUGGGGCUCUUGAGAGCCUGAAAUCUCUGGUGAUUCCUUCGAAUUAUAUCAACGGCGAGCUGCCGGCCGCCCUCGUCAACUGCAAUGAUCUCCGCGUUUUGAAUGUGACGGCAAAUAAUAUUACCGGUGUUUUACCGGAUCUUUCGAAUCUUCAAAAGCUGGAGAUUCUGGAUGUUUCCGAUAACUAUUUCACCGGAGAUUUCCCCACGUGGGUCGGAAGUAUGACAGAACUAUCAGCACUUAGCCUCAAUGAUAAUAACUUUGAAGAGGGUGGUAUACCGGAAAAUAUUGGGAAUUUGAAGAACUUAAGAUUGCUUAAUCUCGGCGGGAUCCAGUUAACCGGAGUAAUUCCAAAAUCUAUAUUUGAUCUGAAAGAAUUGGAGACACUAGAUCUUUCGAGUAACAAAAUAUCGGGCGACUUUCCGGUGGAAAUCACGAAGCUGCGAAACCUCCGGAAAAUAGAGCUUUUCGGGAAUCAAAUUACCGGAGUAAUUCCACGGGAGUUUGCCGAGUUAAACCUGUUGCAAGAAUUCGAUGUUUCCAUGAACCAGAUGCACGGCGAAUUGCCUACCGAAAUCGGGAAUAUGAAGAAUUUGACGGUUUUUCAAUGUUUUAUGAAUCAUUUCUCUGGGAAACUACCUCCGGGAUUCGGGGAUAUGCAACAUUUGAAAGGAUUCUCCAUCUACCGGAACAAUUUCACCGGAAAGUUCCCCGUAAAUUUUGCAAAGCUUGCUCCUUUGGUUAAUAUUGACAUAUCUGAGAAUAAAUUCUCCGGCGAGUUUCCGAAGUUGUUAUGUGGCUCUGGUAAACUGGAGAAGUUGUUAGCUCUUGGAAAUGAUUUUUCCGGCGAAUUCCCUGUAGAUUACGCUGAAUGCAAAUCUUUGGUGAGGCUGAGAGUCAAUCAGAAUCAAUUAUCUGGCAAAAUCCCAGCUGGAGUGUGGGGUUUACCUUCUCUAGAUUUGGUGGAUCUGAGCGAUAACAAUUUUAGUGGAGAAAUUUCGGCGUCCGUCGGAUUUUCCACCAGCUUGACUCAAUUGCUACUUUAUAACAACGAUUUUUCAGGUACACUCCCACCGGAAAUCGGGAAGCUGACUCGCCUUGAGAAGCUGGAUUUGUCUAACAACAAGUUUUCCGGUCCAAUCCCAUCCGAAAUCAAGGAUGUAAAGCAGUUAUCAUACUUGCAUCUUGAGACCAACUUCUUUUCCGGUUCAAUUCCUGCCGAAUUGGGUCAAUGUGAAAACCUAAUCGACUUAAAUCUUGCAUGGAAUUUCCUCACCGGAAAAAUCCCCGACAGUUUGGCGCAUAUUUCAUCGCUAAAUGCUCUUAACUUGUCACGAAACCUACUAACAGGCGUAAUCCCCGACAACCUCAACCGUUUAAGAUUUAGCUCCAUUGAUUUUUCAGCCAAUCGUUUGUCAGGAAGAGUCCCUUCCGAUCUGUUAAACAUGGCAGGAGAUGAUGCUUUCGCUGGAAACAAAGCACUCUGCGUCGAUGAAAAUUCCAAUUCCAAUUCCGCGAAACCGAGACCCAAUUUUGGAUUGGACAUUUGUGACGAUAAACGUCAGCCUCGCGAAAUCAACAAAAGCAAACUACUUAUGUUCUGUAUGAUACUGUUUGGUCUGAUCGUACUUCUAGGAGGGUUGAUGUAUGCAAGUUACAAAAAUUAUAAGAUCCAUCGUGAAAAACUUGACGCCAAAAACAGGUUGGAUGAUGAGAAAGGAUCGGGGAAUCCAAAGUGGAAACUAGAAAACUUCCAUCAAAUCGAGUUUGAUGCUGACGAACUGUGUGAUUUGGAUGAAGAAAACUUGAUUGGAGUUGGAGGUACCGGAAAAGUGUACCGGGUCGAAUCCAAAAAAUCCGGGCUAACGGUUGCGGUGAAGCAGAUUUGGAAGGGAAACAAGGUACAAGUGAUGACAGCAGAAAUCGGGAUCCUUGGGAAGAUCCGACAUAGGAAUAUAUUAAAACUUUACGCCUCUUUGAUUAAAGGGGGUUCCAACUUCUUGGUUUUUGAACAUAUGGUCAACGGGAACCUAUACGAGGCGUUGGGUCGGGUCGGGAAGAACUUGGUUUGGGUUCAAAGGUAUAAGAUUGCAUUCGGGGCUGCAAAAGGGAUUGCUUACCUACACCAUGAUUGUACUCCAGCCAUUAUACAUCGAGAUAUCAAAUCCAGCAACAUUUUGCUUGAUAAAGAUUUUGAGCCCAAGAUUGCUGAUUUUGGGGUCGCCAGGGUUGCUGACCAGGAACUCUUGGGGUCGGACUCCAAUUGCUUUGUGGGCACCCAUGGUUACAUCGCUCCUGAAUUGGCUUACACACUCAAAGUGACGGAAAAGAGCGAUGUGUACAGUUUCGGGGUGGUGUUGCUGGAACUCGUGACAGGAAGAAGGGCAAUAGAGGAGGAAUAUGGAGAAGGGAAAGACAUAGUCUAUUGGGUGCUGUCUAAUCUUAACGACCACGAAAACAUCCUUAAACUUGUGGAUACCAGGUUAAUUUGUGGUGGCGAGACAGAGGAAGUAGCGGAUAAAAACGACGACAUUAUGCAGGUGUUGAAAAUCGGUUUGCUUUGUACAACGAAGCUCCCAAAUCUAAGGCCGAGCAUGAGAGAGGUUGUGAAGAUGCUGGCGGAUGCAGAACCCAAUGCUUUGAGAUCGAUAGCUGAUGAUAAUCGUGAAAAGUUUGGGAAGGUUUUCUUCUCUUGAAACUGAAGCCCUUACCCCGAGGAGUUUUGACUUGUGAUGCACCAACUCUUUUUUAAUGUAUGUUUAU